AUGUCUAAUGCCACUUUUGUUCGCCCUGCAAAAUUCUAUCUAAGUGGGUUUACCAACGUCCCUCAUGUUAAAUAUUUCUAUAUCUUCCCGUGUUUUGUCUAUAUCAUGACUGUUCUUGGGAAUGGCCUCCUCCUCUUGGUGAUUUACCUGGACAAGACUCUUCAUACUCCUAAAUACAUGACUGUUUUCAACCUGGCGUUGACAGAUUUGUGUGGGAGCACUGCUCUCAGACCAAAAGUCUUGGACACAUUUUUGUUUGACAACAGAUACAUUGUCUAUGAGGCUUGCUUGACUAAUAUGUUCUUUGUUUGGUGUCUGCAGUCAUGGACACUUGUGGUUAUGGCAUAUGACAGAUUUAUAGCCAUUUGCUUCCCUUUAAGGUAUCAUAGUAUUGUGACUAAACCAGCUAUUGUUGCAAUGCUGCUGUUUGUGUGGUUUUUUUUGUUGAGUCUAAUAACAUGCAUGGUUGGGCUAAUUGAUCGUCUUUCUUUUUGUGGAUCUGUGGUGAUACAGAGCUUUUACUGUGAUCAUGGGCCAACAUUUCGUCUGGCAUGUAAUGACACCUCUGUAAAUUACAAAAUGGGAGUUUUUAUCUUUACUGUAAUGUUGUGUUUUCCUCCUGCAUUAAUAGCACUGACAUAUAUUUGCAUUGCCAUAGCACUGAGCAGGAUUGCAUCAGGAAAGGAACGAGUCAAAGCUUUUAAAACUUGUACUUCUCACUUAAUUCUUGUGGCAAUUUUUUUCCUACCCAAUCUUAGCACCAACAUAGCUGCUCUGACCUCCUACAUCCAUCCAAAUGCCAGGAUCAUAAACUAUACUUUGAUACACACUAUACCACCUUUGCUUAAUCCUCUUAUAUACUCCCUAAAGACAGAAGAAGUGCUGAACUCUAUUAAGAAAAUUUGCAAGAAAAAUGGGAUUAGCAGCAUAAACCUUUCCAAAAAGUGA